GUAUAUAGAACUGCUACAUGCUCGCUUGUACCAGUCGGACAACUCCUUGAGUAGAGGUAUCUAGUAAAUUAUGUACACACCUCUGCUCUAGAACCUUUUCCUUUACGAAUUGACAGCGAGACGCAGACGUAAGAUAUGUACAUAUAUACAGACGUUAUAGCUUAUGGAAAUUAUUAUCUAAGGAUUCGGGGCUCCUCAAGACCUCCGUACUUACCAUUUCGGUGUCGCGCUCGAUGGUACCGAUAAUACAAGAUUUUAGAGUUGUAUUAGGAAUCGAAUUAGUCAUAUAGUUUAAGAGGAGGCAGUUUGGCAUCUGAGAUUUAAUAUAUUAUAUUAAUAAAAAUGAAAAUAUUUGUUAUAUUAUGAAAAAAAAAUAAUUACGUUUAUUUAACGUUAUGUAAACAUAGGUGUUCGUACCACAAACAUCAUUGUAGCCUGGCGGCACAGAACCUUUUAUCAUAGAUAAGAAUAUCAUUUCUAUGAAGUAUCUUGUGGACCUAAAAACACUGAUUCUACGAAUAUCAACUUUGAUUACUUCAAAGCAUUAAAGUUCUCGCGUAAUAUUAAAUAUUUCAAUUUCUUCACUGUCUUUGCAGUUAUAAUGGCAGAAUCAAACCAUAAUGUAUGCGUAACAUUACCUAAAAGCAUAACAAAACAAAUUAGUACUUGCAAAAAUAAUGAACAGCAUAUAAUAAAUUUUUUACAAAAUACAUUAUCAUCCACAGACACUGAUUCUAUAACAAGCGAAUUAAGAAAGUCUUUUCUAUUCAGCAAACAUAAAAAUAAAUGGAAUAAAAAGGAAAGGUGUAAAGGAAAGCUAUUGACUAGUAGAAAGCGAAUGCAACUUGGGUUGCGUAAAAUUGGUUGCAAAAAUGACAUGAAAUAUAAUGAUUUGCUACCAUUAAAUCAAUUAUGGUUAAAUUACAUGCAACAAAUGUUAGGCAACAAGUUUUUUACUAACGUGCCAACAAAUCCAACUGAUCCAAGUUGGGAAAAUAUUAAUCAGCAAUUAAUUAAAGCAGAUUUCCAUGGUGCUGAAAUAUCAGUUAUAGCAUCAAAAUGUCCUUGUUUAAUUGGGUCAAGUGGUAUAGUUAUUCAAGAUACAAAGAACACUUUCAGAAUUUGUGGAAAAGAUAAUACUAUUAGAACAAUACCAAAGGAUGUUGUUAUUAUAAAUAUUCAUUUGAAGAAUGUAAAAUUGGAAUUAUUUGGCAAAGAUCUUUGUGUAAAACCCACGGAGAGAACAAUAAAAAAGUUGAAAGGUGGACGUGUAUAUGAACUAUGAUGUACAAAUUAAAUAUUUUCCAUAUAAAUAUACAUUAUGUAUAUAAUUUUUUUUUAAAUUAUUAGAACACAAAAAAUACAAAGAUGUAAACUCACCUUCAUUCAAUAUGUAUAAAUUA